AUGAAAGAAGCAGAAGCACCCCAGCCAACGACGACAUUCAUUCUCCUAAGAAGCCACGAGCCGACCAACUGUCCAACCAUUACCGAUGCUGGAUCGCAAGCUGGCCAAGCCUUCAACCAAGUCUUGCGCUACAUCGCCGGAUGUCCAGGGUUCCAAACACAGCUGUUUGGGUGGCCAUGGAGACCAGAUCCCGAGGAUGUCAACGUAAACGAAUGGAUGGCCUCCAUCACGCCUGGCCUGUUAGGCUUGUUCAUCAACUGGAACGAUGAGCGAUCGGCGCGUAACUUCUUGUUGCAAUCAUCGCUAUCUCAGGCUUUCCAGGGCCUGACCACAUUUUUCGAAACGCCUUCGGCCAUGUCUACAUCGACUCCAGCCUUCGAUCAACCCAUGGCUAUCAACAUCACCUGGAGUCACGGAAACAUCGUCAAGACGUUGAAUCGAACUAAGUUGCCGCUACGAAUCGCUAUAGGUCAAGCCACCGAAGCUGCAGACGAGCAUAUGGGAGAGGACAUGAGUUGGGCAACCGGCACUAACGUUGGACAGUCGAGUAUGGAUACAGAGACAUGUCUUCGUCUCGACCAUAUAUCGUCAGACCUGAAGUCAGUGAAUGGCCGACCUUCAAGCGAUGGGGCCAUUACGUUCAGCUUGAUGAGAACCAGAUAUUGCAGCCGACUCAAGGAAGAUCUCUACGACAUGAUCAGGGCACGUCGAGCCGACUGA